AUGUAUUUCGACGGAGCCUUAAAUAGAAGGGGAAAUGGUGCAGGGGUAUUAUUGAUCGAUCCUUAUGGAGUACAUAUUCCUUUCGCUGUGAAGCUUAGUUUCCCAACGACGAAUAACACGGCUGAAUAUGAAGCAUGCAUCUAUGGAAUCGAAGCGGCAUUAGCAGCUGGUGCAAGAAAUCUCACAGUAUACGGUGAUUCUUAUCUCAUAAUUUCCCAGACUAUUGGAGCUUGGAAAGUUCAGGACGAAAGGUUGCAAAUGUGCACGGAGUAUCUUCAACAAUUUAUCCCAUUAUUUGAAGAUAUAGAGUUCAAACAUCUCCCUCGCGAACAAAAUAGUUUCACCGAUGCUUUGGCAAAUCUGGCGGUAAAUUUAACUUGGGACGAUGAUGUGAAGGUACAAUCGGUAACAAUUGUAGAAAAAGAAAUUCCAGUGGUUAAUUUUAAACCAACAAUUGCUUUAUUAACCCAAGAAGAUGAUGAGGAUGCUUGGUAUACUGAUUUUAAGAAGUAUUUAAUCAAUGGAGAAUAUCCUAAAGAAAGUCACAAGAAGGAUCAAUUGGCUAUUCGAAGGCUAGCUUCUCAUUUCACAAUAUUGAAAGGUUUGUUGUAUCAUAAGAGUUUCGAUGGAAAUUUUCAAUUAUGCAUCGAUGGGGAGCAGACACAAAGGAUCAUGGAAGAGGUACAUGGGGGAGAAUGUGGGCCUCUUGCUCGGAAGAUUCUGCGAGCAGGGUAUUAUUGGACCACUUUGGAAAGGGGCAUAGAUAUCAUUAGGAAAAUACAUCCGAAAGCUUCGAACGGGCAUCAAUAUAUAUUGGUUGUUGUCGAUUAUUUUUCGAAAUGGGUGGAGGCAUCAUCAUAUUCAAAACUAGGUGCAAAACAAGUUUCAAAAUUUGUAAUCAAUAACAUUAUAUGUCGGUAUGGGGUACCUUUUGAGAUUAUUUCCGACAAUGGUUCGCAAUUUGAAGGCCAUCUCAAAGAAACCCUUGAGAAGUAUAAAAUCAGACAUCACCAAUCAUCACCAUAUUGUCCUCAAACCAAUGGAGCUGUUGAAGCAGCUAACAAAACCAUCAAGACGAUAAUCGCCAAGAUGACAGAUAGGGCUCGAGAAUGGCCCGAUAAACUUCCCUGCGCACUUUGGGGAUACAGAAUUUCCAUUCGAACACCAACUGGGACUUCUCCAUAUUCUUUGGUAUAUGGAAUGGAUCCGCUUCUUCCAAUCGAAACGGAGAUUCAAUUGCUUCGCGUAAUGAAUGAAAGCGAGAUAUCUGAAGAACAAUGGCUUAAAGAACGAUAUGAUGAACUUUCUUUGGCAAGUGAACGAAGGUUACAAGCCCUUCACAACAUUCAAAUUUAUCAAAGACGCAUUGCUCGGGCUUUUUAA